AUAGCUGAGCCCGAGACCCUUUACAAGUUUACAUGAUCCCUCCCUGAGUGUUGUGGUCUGGAGUCAGCCGGCUGGUGAUUGGCUGCCGUGACCUCCUUAUUUUGAUCCCGCGUGACCUGACCAUAAUGCUGACCCGCCUGGCACGAGCCCUGACCUCCUCCUCGGUUCGAGAGGGGGUGAGGGGGGUGCACCGAACAGCCCCGGCGGCCAGCGACAGCCUGUUUGUGCAUCGAGACUCAGCCGAAAACAACCCAGAUACUUCCUUUGAAUUCACGCCGGAGAACUUGAAGCGUGCCGAAGCCAUCAUCUCCAUCUAUCCCGAUGGCCACCGCAAGGCAGCCGUCAUCCCGCUUCUCGACCUGGCCCAGCGUCAGGUCGGGAACUGGCUGCCCAUCACCGCCAUGCAUGCUGUCGCCAAGCUGCUCGAUAUGCCCCGGAUGAGGGUGUAUGAGGUGGCCACGUUCUAUACUAUGUUCAUGAGGAACCCCGUCGGCAAGUACCACCUCCAGGUCUGCACCACCACACCCUGCUGGCUGCGAGGGUCCGACCAGGUGAUGGCGGUGAUUAAAGACAAGCUGGGCCUCACGCCGGGCCACACCACCCCCGACGGUCUCUUCACACUCUCGGAGGUGGAGUGCCUUGGGGCUUGCGUCAACGCCCCCAUGGUACAGAUCAACGACGACUACUACGAGGACUUGGCUGAGGCUGACAUGGUGGAGAUCAUUGACACAUUGAAGGCUGGCAAGAAACCCAAGCCUGGCCCCAGGAAUGGCCGGUUUGCUGCAGAGCCAGCCGGGGGACUGACCAGCCUCACCGCACCACCGCCCGGCCCAGGCUUCAAGGUGCGUGAUGACCUGUGAGUCAGGGAGCAACACUGACCUCUCCUCACCUCACCCGACCCGGCAUGGUAAGACGUCGGGAUGUGAGGGAGGGACCCGUGGGAGGCCUUGUAAAUAGUACAUGACUGGCAGACCCACGGCACUGUACAUCAACUGUCUACUCUUAAUAAAUUAUGGCAGCACUGGUUCUGCAAUAAUUUUCUUGUAAUGUGUUUCAGCAAAACAUAUUGAAAAAAGGUGUGAGUGAUGUUACUUGAAAAUAAAUAUUAUUUAACGUUAA